GCAUACAAAGGCAACGCUACCGGCCCAGGCAGCGGCCUGGGGGGGACGGCGUUUCCUGUUUCCCCGGACUGCUCCCCGGAAAAGCCUUGGGGUGCCCUGGCCCCCCCAGCCGCAGGCUCAAACCAUGAAUUACGUGGGACAGUUAGCAGGCCAGGUCUUUGUCACGGUCAAGGAGCUCUACAAGGGUCUGAACCCCGCCACGCUGUCUGGAUGCAUCGACAUCAUUGUGGUGCGUCAGCCCAACGGCAACCUUCAGUGCUCGCCCUUCCACGUCCGCUUCGGGAAAAUGGGGGUGCUGCGCUCCCGAGAGAAGGUGGUGGACAUUGAAAUCAAUGGGGAAUGUGUGGAUCUACACAUGAAGCUGGGAGAUAAUGGAGAAGCGUUUUUUGUUCAAGAGACCGACAAUGAUCAGGAGGUGAUUCCCUCGCACCUGGCGACGUCCCCCAUCUUGUCGGAGGGCUCCACGCACAUGGAGACCCAGCUCAAGCGCAACGCCCUGGAGCGGGGCAGAAACCUGGAACCCUGCAGCUCUGCGCAGGCGCAGGCGGUGAACGAGAUGCUGUCCACAGGCGUGUCUGGGAAGAAGAGGAGGAAGAGAAGGAGAAAGUGUCAGCUGGACAACCUCAAACGAGACGACAGCGUCCACACUUCGGAAGAGGAGGACCUGUUUCCCAUCGAGAUGAGCUCCGAUGAGGACUUGGAGCCAUUAGAUACUGCUAGUAAGCCGGUAGAUUGCAAAAGGAUGUCCCCUCGUCUUACGGUUGUGGCGGAAGGAGGCCUUUCUAGCUCUUGCCCUCCACCAUCUUCCCAUUUCCAGUCUUCGGAAAGUCCUUCAGGUUCUCGCCCUGCAACACCUAAAAGUGAUUCAGAACUGGUCAGCAAGUCCCUGGAGAGGGGAUUGCAGAAGAGUAACCCGGAGAUGCUGUGGCUGUGGGGAGAGCUGCCCCAGGCUGCCAAGACCACAUCUCUGCACAGGAUGAAAGACUCAGUCAACAGGAGCUUUUCAGACAAGAUGCUUUUCCGGGUUAUUAAGAGUGAAUCUUCAGAGACUUGUAGCGACCUCUCUCCCUCGCCUUUGGGGGGCCACAGUGAGAUCCUGAUCCCGCCAGACGAGGGCAAGGCUCUGCCCAAGGGGUCAUUCACGGGGGAACAAAAUCCGGAGGUCUUGGGCGCCACUGCCGCUGUGGCCACGACCGCCAUGACCACGAAUGCCACGGCCCCCACCACUGCCAUGGCCCCCACGGCGGCCACAGCAGCCACGGAAGCCGCAGCCACAGCAGCCACGGAAGCCAUGGCCACAGCAGCCCCGCCGUUGCCCGCCAUCGAGGAGUCCAAACAACCCCAGCCCAACUCCAGCCUCCAGGGGAGUAAGAUGGAUUCUCCAUCCAGGAAAAGAGACAAGAGGAACAGGCACCUGGGAGCGGAUGGCGUCUACCUGGACGAUCUGCCUGAUAUGGACCCUGAGGUCGCUGCCCUUUAUUUCCCCAAAAACGGUGACGGCGGUGGCGUGGCCAAAAGCGGCAGCGAGGGCGCGCCCCGCUCGGCCAGCCAGUCCCCUCAGUCGGUGGGCAGCUCGGGCGUGGACAGCGGCGUGGAGAGCACCUCGGACGGCCCCAGGGACCUGCCCUCCAUAGCCAUCUCACUCUGCGGGGGACUCAGCGACAGCAAGGAAAUCACCACGGAUGAGUUUUUAGAACAGGAGGUGUCCUAUCAGCAGUUUGUGGACAACCCGGCCAUCAUCGAUGACCCCAACUUGGUGGUGAAGAUCGGUAACAAAUACUACAAUUGGACCACAGCAGCCCCCCUCCUCCUGGCCAUGCAGGCCUUCCAGAAACCUUUGCCAAAGGCCACGGUGGAGUCCAUCGUGAGGGACAAGAUGCCCCGGAAGGGAGGACGAUGGUGGUUCUCGUGGAGGGGACGGAACACAGUUAAAGAGGAAAGCAAGCCAGAGCAAUGCUUGUCUGGAAAGGGUCUCAUUAUUGGGGAGCAGCCAUCCAAGCUAAACGCUGGAAGCAGGAUGAAGGAUGAGUCGUCCUCCAGUGACGAGGACUCCGUCACGGCCAAGCAGUCCAGCGCCAGCCUCCACGCUCUGAUGUCCAACGUCAGCUACAAGAAGACGCUGCGCCUCACCUCGGACCAGCUCAAAAGCUUAAAGUUAAAGAACGGUCCCAACGAUGUGGUUUUCAGCGUUACCACCCAGUACCAGGGCACCUGCCGCUGUGAAGGCACCAUCUACCUCUGGGACUGGGAUGACAAAGUGAUCAUUUCUGACAUUGAUGGAACCAUCACACGAUCUGACACGUUAGGGCAUAUUUUGCCCACGCUUGGCAAGGAUUGGACGCACCAAGGGAUUGCAAAGCUCUAUCAUAAAGUCAGCCAAAAUGGCUACAAGUUCCUCUACUGCUCGGCGAGGGCCAUCGGGAUGGCGGACAUGACGCGAGGCUACCUGCACUGGGUGAACGAGCGGGGGACCGUGCUGCCCCAGGGCCCACUGCUGCUCAGCCCCAGCAGCCUGUUCUCUGCCCUGCACAGAGAGGUCAUCGAAAAGAAGCCUGAGAAAUUUAAAGUUCAGUGUUUGACGGACAUCAAAAACCUGUUUCUUCCAAACACGGAUCCCUUCUAUGCUGCUUUCGGGAACCGGCCUGCGGAUGUGUACUCUUACAAGCAAGUGGGCGUGACCUUGAAUCGAAUAUUUACCGUCAACCCCAAAGGAGAACUGGUACAAGAACACGCCAAGACCAACAUCUCAUCUUACGUGAGACUCUGUGAGGUGGUUGACCACGUUUUCCCAUUGCUGAAAAGAAGCCAUUCUUCAGACUUCCCUUGUUCGGACACUUUCAGUAACUUCACUUUUUGGAGAGAGCCCUUACCCCCUUUUGAAAAUCAGGAUAUCCAUUCAGCCUCUGCUGACACGUACUGACAGCCUUGUGACAUCAACGCAAAGGACUUGCCAACCUCCGAUUAAAGGAUAGGCUUAGUGAAGAGCUCAGUUGGAACUUGGGGCAUUGUGUUCACUUGCUUAAAAAAUUUAGAAAUGUUUCAUUCUCCCUCCCCACCCCAACUCGCCCAGCUUCCCCUUGAAACAGCGUUUCUAAGUAACUUAGGACAAGUCUGUUUUAAGUGUUGGGAGAAUGUUGCUUCAUUCACUGUGUAGAAAGGCUUCCUUGUUGGUUGGACCCGGCCAGGGACAAGGGCACAGUGUAAUAGCCUGCCAUGGCCAGUAUUGGUCUUGGUGCCACGCGGGCUCACAAACCCAAAGAAUGACUCGCUAGAAGGUUUGUUGUUUUUUGUUUUUGUUUUGAUGCAGACCUCAGUGUUACUCAGCAAAAUCAGAAGUGUUCCGUGCUUGUGAAAAGUGGGCAGAACAUUUCAGAGCAGCAUGGAUCCCAUGCGGCUUAUUUCUGAGCCAAAAGAGAUCUCGCCACCUUGGAAGAGUGACGUCAGAGGGAAGAGGCCUCUUCUAAGGGAGUCCUACCCCGACUGCUGGGAAAGGGCAUUUACUUCAGGAAGUUCUCUCUGUUGUAUUUUUAUUUUCUCUGGGGCUGAACUUUGGUUGUGUCUUUUCACAUGGUUCUAAUCUCUGGGUGUCAGUGAAAAGUUCUCCAUGCUUGUAUUCUGUGAAAGAUACCCUGAUUCCUCUGUAUCCAUAAUACUUAGCUAUGUACUUGGCAUAUUUAUUUUUCUUCCUCCUGCCCCCAUGCUCCACCCUCCCUGGAGACCACCCACUUCUGGGAGGGUCCCAUCCUAGUGCCGUGGAGCCGAGGCUCUUUUUGGAAUGUGUCUGUAAUGGGUGCCAGUGCCGUCUGAAUGUCCUGAGACACAUGGUGGCCUUGGGGGCCGAGGUUCUCAGGCCGUCGUCACGGCUACUUUUACCUGUGAUCGCCAUGUGCAAUAUUUCCCUUGUUACCAUCGUUCUCUUCAGCACACAGGAUAACUGAGGCCCUUGGGGAAAGGGCUGGUGCCAAAAACGUGGCCUUGAACUGAAUGUAUGCCAAAGGAGGGUGACGGUCGUUUUCUCGACGCUGUUAAAGGAAACCUGCUUUGUUUGAAGUCUUUGGAGGAGAACAUUAAAUUGCGUUCUUUGUAGGUGUGGUUCAUGGCAUCUUCUACUCCUCCUUGUAUUCAUGUAUAAACAUACUGGCUUGAUUCUUUCUGUAGUCAUUUGGAUGGUGAGCAUCCUGAAUUCAUCAAAAAUAAUAUUAUUUUUUAAAAAAGAAAUAGCUGCUCAGCCAUUGUUCAGUUUUCCAUCUAAAGAGCCAUAGCCUCUAGAAUUUCACAGCAACACAUCUUGUCUUAAACUCUUCCUCUCCCCCUCAAUUAUGGGGCCCCAUGGAUGAACAGUUGGUUAAAAUCAGAUCCUGUUUCAGAUCUGGGUUUCUUUGAUUGUGGCAGGGAGGUGGCCAUUCCUGCUCAGCACCAGCAUUCAUCCGGCUGGCUCACAGGGAAGAGAUUUUGGGAAAUGGAACUCUGCCUUGGUGACGAGACUGAGCUUCCUAUUUUUGAGAACAUAUAUAUUUUUUAAAGAAAGUUUUACUUGUGUAGCUGGGAAUGCUUUUCCUAUUUCAAUUGCACUAUUAGACAACCGAGAGAAACCUUGGGGAUGGUUUAAUGAAGUCUUUAUUCUUUCUGUGAAAGAAAGUCCAUAGAUAUUCCUUCACUCUGGUGAUUUCUCUCCCAGAAAGAACCCUUUUUUCCCACCAUGAGUGGUUUGUAUAGACACCCGGGUCCUCACAAACGUACAGGUGUCUGUAUUUGUUGUAUUUACCAAAUGCACAGACAAAUACAGGUGGGCAUUUCGACCCCUAGCUCCUGGUUCUGCAUUUGCCCCUGUUGGGUUUGUAAGACCUUUUGAAGGACACCGAGGCUUCUGGACCAUGGGGUAGUGGAGAGAAGUUUCAAGGGCAGGUAAUAACCCAUCCAACCUUGGGGGCAAGAAGAGUUCAUCCCAGCUCCUUCACACCUUACCCCCAAGAGUCACUUUGUCAGGGUUCAACCUGUAUCACCCCCCAUUUAGAGUGGUGUUCAAGGGCAUGGCACUUUGGGCGGUCUACAUGGAAGUGGCAUGUUACCCUUGCCAAGUAGGGAGACUCUGUGAUUAAUAUGGGAGGUUUUUCAUCUUUAAGGUAAACACUUGGGCACUUAGGAAAACAAUUAUAAUGAUAGCUAAUGUUCAAGUUACAUUGAUACUUUAGAAAAUGAGAAUGUGUGUAUUAUAUACAUAUAUAUUACAAUAUAUAACAAGUAUAUUAUAUACUUUGUGUAACAGGCACACGUGUGUAUAUGCAUAUGCCCAUGCAUAGGCACACAUCUCCACAUGUGCAUUGUAAGUGCAUGCGUAUACGUAUGGUGUGCAUAUACGUGUAAUACAUCCAUACACAUCUAUACACAUCCCUGUAUAUAUAUAUGUGUAUAGUCCACACAUAAAUGUGUGUUUCAGUGCGUGUCCAUGCCUGUAAGUAGGUAAAAUGGUGGUAACUAUGACAAUGCCCUGCCGUGGUGGAUUUGAGAACAAGCAUCUCCACAUCACCCCAAGGAACGUGAUUUUCUGAUCUGAAGCACAAAGUCGACAAAGCAGCCGUCACAGAUGAGGAAAGAAUACAACGCUCGCUGUGUUGACACCCCCGUUCCGUUGGCGUGAAACGAUUCCAGCUUCCAGAGAGACGGGUCUUUCCCUCUCGGGCCCCGGCGUCCCAUGCCCAGGCCUAGGUGUGUCCAGUAUUUGUACUGUGUGUCUGCAGUGGUGCGGCGAUAAGCCAAAUCGUUGUCAUACUUCAUUUUGUUGUGCUGGAUGCAAAUUCAGAAAACUUAUUUACAAUAAAUAAGAGUGAUGGAGGAAGCUGUUG